AUGGAAAGAUUUAAUUUGUGUCGCAAAAACGCAGAAGAAACUACCGAAUUAUGUCAAAAGAUGAAAGAUCUAUUUGCAACUUAUUUGAGUAAUCUUCCAUCUAAUUUUUAUGAUAUAACAACACAAGCAUUGGAUGCAUUUUGGUAUAUAGAUAUCACCUUUGAUAACGAUUCUUUUAUGGCACACACCUAUGAAUUACAUGGGCUCACCUAUAACAAACUCGGAUGGUAUAGUUGGGUCCUUACAAAAUACCGUCAAUGCAUAUUUUAUCUAUGUCUUGUACCUUAUAUCAGAGUACCAGUAAGAGCAUUCACUAACUUCUUAAUUUUGUUCAUAUUUUGAAGUACGCAGAACUUUCCUUUACGUGCUUGGAUGAAAUUUGGAAAGGAUAAAGUCCGGAUCAAUCUAUAUCCUAAAUAUUAGCUUUGAUCUAACUGAUGAUUUAUUA